AGCGUGGGUGAGUAAGCCCAGCAAGCCAAGGGCAGCCUUGAGCCUUCCCCUUGCCUGCCCUCCCCUGUGGGGGCCAGGAUGCUGAAGAAGCAGUCUGCAGGGCUUGUGCUGUGGGGUGCUAUACUCUUUGUGGCCUGGAACGCCCUGCUGCUCCUCUUCUUCUGGACACGUCCAACGCCUGGCAGGCCACCUUCAGAUGAUGCUCUUGAUGACGAUCCUGCCAGCCUCGCCCGUGAGGUGAUCCGCCUGGCCCAGGAUGCUGAAGUGGAAUUGGAGCGUCAGCGGGGGCUGUUGCAGCAGAUCAGGGAGCACCAUGCUCUAUGGAGCCAGCGGUGGAGGGUGCCCACUGCAGCCCCUCCUGUCCGGCCACAUGUGCCUCUGACCCCACCACCAGUUGUGAUCCCCAUCCUGGUCAUUGCCUGUGACCGCAGUACUGUCCGGCGCUGCCUGGACAAGCUGCUGCAUUAUCGGCCCUCAGCUGAGCACUUCCCCAUCAUUGUCAGCCAGGACUGUGGGCACGAGGAGACAGCCCAGGUCAUCGCCUCCUACGGCAGUGCAGUCACACACAUCCGGCAGCCCGACCUGAGCAACAUUGCUGUGCCACCUGACCACCGCAAGUUUCAGGGAUACUACAAGAUCGCACGGCACUAUCAUUGGGCACUGGGCCAGAUCUUCCACAACUUCAAGUUCCCAGCAGCUGUGGUGGUGGAGGAUGAUCUGGAGGUGGCUCCAGACUUCUUCGAGUACUUCCAGGCUACCUAUCCACUGCUGAGGGCCGACCCUUCCCUCUGGUGUGUGUCUGCUUGGAAUGAUAACGGCAAGGAACAGAUGGUGGACUUGAGCAAGCCUGAGCUGCUCUACCGCACAGAUUUUUUUCCUGGCCUGGGCUGGCUGCUAUUGGCUGAGCUCUGGGCUGAGCUGGAGCCCAAGUGGCCCAAGGCCUUUUGGGAUGACUGGAUGCGCAGGCCCGAGCAGCGGAAGGGGCGAGCCUGUGUGCGCCCUGAAAUCUCAAGAACAAUGACCUUUGGCCGCAAGGGUGUGAGCCAUGGGCAGUUCUUUGACCAGCACCUCAAGUUCAUCAAGCUGAACCAGCAGUUCGUGCACUUCACCCAGCUGGACCUUUCAUACCUGCAGCGGGAAGCCUACGACCGGGAUUUCCUUGCCCGCGUCUAUGGUGCUCCCCAGCUACAGGUGGAGAAAGUGAGGACCAACGAUCGGAAGGAGCUGGGGGAGGUGCGGGUGCAGUACACAGGCAGGGACAGCUUCAAGGCCUUUGCCAAGGCCCUGGGUGUCAUGGAUGACCUCAAGUCGGGUGUCCCCAGGGCUGGCUACCGGGGCAUUGUCACCUUCCAGUUCCGGGGCCGCCGCAUCCACCUAGCGCCCCCACAAACCUGGGAUGGCUAUGAUCCUAGCUGGAAUUAGCAGUGUCUGCCUGUCCCUCCUGGGCCCCUUCCUUGCCAUAUCAUGAGCUGGGAUGGGACCACAGUCCCCAGGCUGCAUUGUCCUGUCUCCCUCUCGGGUCCAUUUAUCUUUUUUUUUUCCCUCUCUUUUUCAAGUGGCAUUCGAGUGCACAGAUGAUAAAGUGAGGGUUAUUAUCCUGUUCUCAAGGGAGUCAGAUCAGGGCAGCCAUUCUGGAGUAUGUUGGGUACCACUGUGUGGUAGGGGGAGACUUGGGCUUGUUGGAGCCGGAAGUGUCCAUGUCUUGACUUUUCUCCUAAGGCAUCUGCAGAGAGGUUGGCACUCUUGACUGGGCCUCUUCUCCCUGACCUAGCCCUUCUAGCCAGGGCAUGAGUCCUCCUCCUGCACCUAUUGCCUUCCUCACCUUCCCCCAAUGGGGGGUUGGGUUAUGGGAGAAGAAGACAUAUUUAUGGCCAAAAUGAGACUAACCAAAGGGUUUCACCAUCAGGAUCAGGUUAGAGCUGUUAGGUUGUCAGGGUUUACUGCCUCCCGCCCUUCUCCUUAUCCCUGACCUUCUCUCAGCUCUUUUCCUGCAGCCUAGCAAUUUGUGGUUCUAAGAUGAAAAGUGGAAGGGGAAAAGCAAGCCCUCUCCUCAGCUCAUGCCCAGCUGUUGGGAGGAAAGGUGAUGGGAGGGCAGCCUCAUUGUGCUGGGGCAACUCCUACCUUGUCUUGCCUCAAAAAUACAAUCCCCUCCCCGAUCCUUUCUAAAAAUCAGUCCCCUCCCUGUCGCUUUAGGAGGGUUCCUUGCUGGCUUGGUCAAAGACAGAAUUAGCUCCUGUGUCCCCUUUCCUCCUAGGGUUUGGUGCACAGGCUCCUCCCCAGGAGAAGGGCCACACUCAUGGUGACAAGGACGUGACCAGGAUGACUCUGGGCCUGGACCAGGUGCUGCCCAGCCUGCCACCAUCCCCCCAAGCAUUCACAUGUCCUCACAGGCUUGGAUGCAGGUGGUAGGUUGGAGAGGAAUUUGUGUGUUUUUGUUUCUUGCCUGACCUCAGUUUAAUGGAGGAAAGUGGAAACUACAGAAUUAUUUUUAAAAAUAAAGGCUGAAUUGUGUGGAAAAUA